AUUUGCCUGGGUAACAUAAUGCCAGCUGAGCGCAAAAAGUCAGCCAGUAUGGAAGAAAAAGAAUCUUCAUUAAAUAACAAAGAAAAAGACUUCAGUGAAAGGCGAUCAGUGAGCAGUAGAGAGAAACCAAAGGAGGAUGUGAAGGUUGGCCUGAAGAGAGAGACUCUCAAGACACCUGAAGAUAAAAAGAAAAAACUGGAGGAGGAUAAACGGAAAAAAGAAGACAAGGAGCGAAAGAAAAAAGAAGAGGACAAGAUAAAAGCUGAAGAAGAGCAGAAGAGGAAAGAGGAUGAAGAAAAAAGAAAUUUGAAGAGGAAAAAAAAGAAACAAGAAGAGGAAGUAAAACGUCAGCAAGAGGAGGCAGCUGCACAAUUGAAAGAGAAAGAGGAAGCACAUCAACUCCAUCAGGAAGCUUGGGAGCGCCAUCAAGCAAGAAAGGAACUCCGCAGCAAAAACCAGAAUGCACCAGAUAACCGCCCUGAGGAGAAUUUCUUUAGCAGGCUGGACUCGAGUCUGAAGAAGAACACUGCUUUUGUUAAGAAGCUAAAAACUAUCACAGAACAACAGAGGGACUCCUUGUCUCAUGAUUUUAAUAGCCUCAACUUAAGCAAGUACAUUGCAGAAGCUGUAGCUUCUAUUGUUGAAGCAAAGCUGAAAAUAUCAGAUGUGAACUGUGCCGUGCACUUGUGUUCUCUGUUUCACCAGCGCUAUGCUGAUUUUGCUCCAUCGCUUCUUCAGGUUUGGAAAAAGCAUUUUGAAGCAAGGAAAGAAGAGAAAACUCCCAACAUUACCAAACUAAGAACUGACUUACGUUUCAUUGCAGAAUUGACAAUAGUUGGGAUUUUCACUGAUAAAGAAGGUCUGUCUUUAAUCUAUGAACAGCUAAAAAACAUUAUUAACGCUGAUCGGGAGACCCACGCUCAUGUUUCUGUGGUAAUAAGCUUUUGCCGGCACUGUGGAGAUGAUAUUGCUGGUUUGGUACCAAGGAAGGUUAAAAAUGCUGCAGAGAAGUUUAACUUGAGUUUUCCUCCUAGUGAGAUAAUCAGCCCAGAGAAGCAACAGCCCUUCCAGAAUUUGUUGAAGGAAUACUUUACAUCUUUGACCAAACACCUGAAAAGGGACCACAGAGAGCUACAAAAUAUUGAGAGACAAAACAGGCGUAUUCUGCACUCUAAAGGAGAGUUGAGUGAAGACCGACACAAGCAGUAUGAAGAAUUUGCAAUGUCCUAUCAGAAGCUGUUGGCAAAUACUCAGUCUCUGGCUGAUCUGUUGGAUGAAAAUAUGCCGGAUCUUCCCCAAGACAAACCAACACCAGAGGAACAUGGGCCUGGCAUUGACAUUUUUACCCCUGGCAAACCUGGAGAAUAUGACCUGGAAGGGGGCAUCUGGGAAGAUGAAGAUGCUCGAAAUUUCUAUGAGAACCUUAUUGAUCUAAAAGCUUUUGUGCCAGCCAUUUUGUUUAAAGAUAAUGAAAAAUGUUCUCAGAACAAGGACUCCAGCAAGGAUGAAUCUAAAGAUUCAAAAGAUGCCAAGGAUAAUAAGGAUGUUGCUGGUAGUGAGGAUUUGGAGUUGGAUAUGGAGAAUUUGGACAUUAAUGAUGAUAACUUGGAGUUAGACUGUGGAGAUGAAGCAGAAGAUCUCACAAAAAAGCUUCUUGAUGAGCAAGAACAAGAGGAUGAAGAAGCCAGUACUGGGUCUCACUUAAAACUGAUAGUAGAUGCUUUCCUUCAGCAACUCCCAAACUGUGUCAACAGAGACCUCAUAGACAAGGCAGCAAUGGAUUUUUGCAUGAGUAUGAACACAAAAGCCAAUAGAAGAAAGUUAGUACGAGCUCUCUUCAUAGUUCCUAGACAAAGGUUGGAUUUGCUACCAUUUUAUGCAAGGCUGGUUGCCACAUUGCAUCCCUGUAUGUCUGAUGUAGCAGAGGAUCUUUGUUCCAUGCUGAAAGGGGAUUUCAGAUUUCAUGUGAGAAAAAAGGACCAGAUCAAUAUUGAAACAAAAAAUAAAACUGUGAGAUUUAUUGGAGAGCUUGCCAAGUUCAAGAUGUUCUCCAAAAAUGACACCCUGCAUUGUUUAAAGAUGCUUCUGUCAGACUUUUCUCAUCACCAUAUUGAAAUGGCAUGUACUCUGCUGGAAACGUGUGGAAGAUUCCUAUUUAGAUCACCAGAGUCUCACUUAAGAACAAGCGUUCUUUUGGAACAAAUGAUGAGAAAGAAACAAGCCAUGCAUCUCGACGCACGGUAUGUCACAAUGGUGGAGAAUGCGUACUACUACUGUAAUCCCCCUCCUGCUGAAAAAACUGUGAGGAAGAAACGCCCACCUCUGCAGGAGUAUAUUCGUAAGCUUCUUUACAAGGAUCUCUCCAAGGUCACCACUGAGAAGGUCCUGAGACAGAUGCGCAAAUUGCCCUGGCAGGAUCCUGAAGUGAAAGAUUAUGUUAUAUGUUGUAUGAUCAACAUCUGGAAUGUGAAAUACAAUAGUAUUCACUGUGUAGCUAACCUUUUAGCAGGGUUGGUACUUUACCAAGAGGAUGUUGGAAUUCAUGUUGUGGAUGGAGUGCUAGAGGAUAUUCGCCUAGGCAUGGAGGUUAACCAGCCAAAGUUUAAUCAGCGACGGAUCAGCAGUGCCAAGUUCUUGGGAGAACUUUACAAUUACCGAAUGGUCGAGUCAGCUGUAAUAUUUCGAACUCUAUAUUCAUUUACAUCAUUUGGUGUGAACCCUGAUGGUACUGCUAGUCCACUGGACCCUCCAGAACAUCUUUUUCGAAUUAGACUGGUCUGCACCAUCCUUGAUACCUGUGGGCAAUAUUUUGACAGAGGUUCCAGCAAACGGAAGCUUGAUUGCUUCCUUGUGUACUUUCAGAGGUAUGUUUGGUGGAAGAAGAAUUUGGAAGUUUGGACAAAAGACCAUCCAUUUCCUAUUGACAUUGACUAUAUGAUCAGUGAUACGCUAGAACUGCUGAGACCAAAGAUAAAACUCUGCAAUUCUCUGGAAGAAUCUGUCAGGCAGGUACAAGAUUUGGAACGAGAAUUCUUAAUAAAACUAGGCCUUGUGAAUGACAAAGAUUCAAAAGAUUCUAUGACGGAAGGAGAGAAUCUGGAAGAAGAGGAAGAGGAGGAGGAAGGUGGAGCAGAGACAGAAGAGCAGUCUGGAAAUGAAAGUGAAGUAAAUGAGCCAGAGGAAGAGGAGUGCUCAGACAACGAUGAUGAGGAGGGUGAGGAAGAAGAGGAAGAGAAUACCGAUUACCUCACAGACUCCAAUAAGGAGAAUGAAACUGAUGAAGAGAACACAGAAGUAAUGAUUAAAGGAGGAGGACUUAAACAUGUUCCUUGUGUAGAGGAUGAGGACUUCAUUCAAGCAUUGGAUAAAAUGAUGCUGGAGAAUCUUCAGCAACGGAGUGGAGAAUCUGUGAAAGUACAUCAGCUGGAUGUUGCUAUUCCUCUGCAUCUCAAGAGUCAGCUAAAGAAGGGUCCACCCUUGGGUGGUGGGGAAGGAGAAUCUGAGUCGGGAGACACAAUGCCAUUUGUCAUGUUAACUCGAAAAGGCAACAAGCAGCAGUUUAAGAUCCUAAAUGUGCCAAUGUCUUCCCAACUUGCUGCCAACCACUGGAAUCAACAACAAGCUGAGCAAGAGGAGAGAAUGAGAAUGAAAAAGCUCACUCUGGAUAUUAAUGAACGGCAAGAACAAGAGGACUAUCAGGAGAUGUUACAGUCUCUGGCACAGCGUCCAGCUCCAGCAAAUACUAAUCGUGAACGGCGGCCUCGUUACCAGCAUCCGAAGGGAGCACCUAAUGCAGAUCUAAUCUUUAAAACUGGUGGGAGGUAA